UAAAUAAUGUGGAAAUUUUUAUUUUUUUUUAAUUUAAACAAAAAAUAAAGGGGAAAUUUUUGUAAAAUUUUCAUAAAAGAAAAUAAUUGUUGAAGCAUGUGAAAUAGAUACAAUUAAUAAUAUUAUAAAUAUAUAUAUAUAUAUAUAUAAUAUAUAUAGAAAAAAGGAAAAGAAAAUGUCGAGAUAUUUUUAUAUUGCAAGUGGAUUUAAAGAAGAUUGUAUUAAAUUAUUAACAUUAUUUAAUGAAACAAAUAGUAUUCGUUUUGAAAAAUUUUGUCAAGUAUGGAAGGAAAUGAAAUUUGCAAUGAUUUAUGCCGGAAGACAAACAUAUUCAGAACUCUUGGAAUAUUGCGAGGAGGUAUUACAUGUUGCAAAAGAAUUUGUACUUCCGCCAAGAAAUUUUAAAGAGAGAAUUGGCGGACUUUAUUUAUUAUAUGGACUCUAUUAUAAAUUACCAAUUAAAGAUGUUAUACGAAUUCGUAUUACACAAGAGCAAUGGACGAGUUUAAUGGAAUUACAAGAACAAUUAAAAGCCGGUGAACAUCUUGAUGCAAAUUUUAUACUUUCAACAAUGAUACACGAUGAAGUAUUUGCUCAUACAAUUUUUGAUUUCGAGUGGGGCCUCGAAAAAUUCUAUCGGGAGAAGCAGAUGACAAAAAAUAAAUUCAGUAUAAUGCCAUUGCUUCUUGAAAUGACAGAAAGUGGUGGCAAUUUACAUGAAUUAGAUAAACUUGCUAAAGAAUAUCGUCAAGCAACUUUAUUAUCAUCAUCAUCAUCAUCAAAUGAUAAUAAAAAAAGUCUGAAUCUCUUCGAUGAGAAUUUCAUUCAGGAUAUUUUACUCGAUAUACAAAAAUUGGAGACAAAUAAUUUUAUUUCACGUACAAAUCAAACAAAUAGCGAUACAUAUAAUUUACGUUCUGAUCAACAACAACAACAACAGCAACAACAACGUGAUACAAAAUCGGAAAUUGAUAAACAAAAAAAUGCAAAAAUACGUUCACGAAUUGGCGAUGGUUUUGAUGUUGAUAGUUCUAAUGAUGAUGACGAUGAUGAAGAAGAAGACGAAGACGAAGAAGAAGAGAACGAUGAUGAUUUUGAACGAUUUGAAAAUUAUAAUCGAAGUCUUGCGGAAAAUUUCGAUGAUGAUGUUGAUGAUGAUAAUAUUAUUGACAAUGAACCGGAUACAAAAAGGGUGAAAUUUAUUGAAGUCACACUUCCGGGACCGCAUAUGAAAUUCGAACAUGGCGAAGGAUCGUCGGAUUGAAAAAAAUAAGAAGAAAAUAUUUUCAUAUUUUAUCUGCGACUUUUUUUUUCCAUUUUUUUACUAUGAAAAAAAGAAAUAUGUUUUACUACUGUAAAAAAAAUAUAAAUCUCUGUUUUUUUUACUAUUAAAAAAAAAAGAAAAAAUGUUAUUAAUUCAAUAUUGUAAAAAAAUUGUAUUUUCUAUUUUGUUUUUUUUUUUUUGUACGAAAAAUAAUGAAUACAAAAAAAAUUUUUCACGACUGAAAAAUGAUUAUCAUUUUUAGAAAUAAGAUAUUUCUUUAUUUUUCUUUAUUUUAAACAACAAAAUUCAAUUAUAGAAAAGAAAAAAAAUUUAUUUUUCAAUAAAAAUCGAUUUUUGAAAAA